AUGUGCCAGUCGUCGCCCUCGUUUCCAUCGUCCGCUUUGCUGCUCUCCGCUGGCUGCCUGGCCAACUCCUCCUUUCCCUCCUCUACCGCUACUCCUGAGCCCAUUGACUCGGGUCUGAACGACCGGACCGCUGUGGUCUCCUCCCCGGCCGCGUUCGCAUUGACUGAGACCCGGAUUUCGUCCACCGACGCCUGGCUGCGGGGAUCGUCGGAGGUCGGCGAGUCGGUUUGGCUAGGGGUCCUUGUAGGGGUCCUUGGUCCGUCCUGA